CUGAUGACAGGAAGCGAGUUUCUCUCGGGGAUGUGCUUUUAAGUGUUCUGCUGACGAAUGAUGGGAAGUCUGCCCAGCAGAGGAAAAACCCUGCCAAACCCAAGUUCAAGCCCCUCAGUCCAAGGCCAAGGACGUGUACCCAUGCAAGCAGAGAAAAGCAAAGCCACAGCUGUGGCCCUGGGCAGUUACCCAGUGGGUGAACAGGCAGCGCUGCCGCUGAAGCUGGGGGAGCCAUUGACAAUCGUCUCUGAGGAUGGAGACUGGUGGACAGUGCUGUCAGAAGUCUCAGGCAGAGAGUACAGCAUCCCCAGCAUCAAUGUAGCCAAAGUCUCCCAUGGGUGGUUGUAUGAGGGCCUGAGCCGAGAGAAAGCCGAGGAACUGCUGCUGCUGCCUGGGAACCCCGGAGGGGCCUUCCUCAUCCGGGAGAGUCAGAGCAGGAGAGGCUGUUACUCUCUGUCAGUCCGACUCAGCCGCCCCACGUCCUGGGACCGGAUCAGACACUACAGGAUCCAGCGCUUGGACAACGGCUGGCUGUACAUCUCACCGCGCCUCACCUUCCCCUCACUCCAGGCCCUGGUGGACCAUUACUCUGAGCUGGCAGAUGACAUCUGCUGCCUCCUCAAGGAGCCCUGUGUCCUGCGGAGGGCUGACCCACUUCCUGUCAAGGCUAUGCCCCCACCUGUGACUGUGCAGAGGAUGGCACUCAACUGGAAAGAGCUGGACAGCUCCUUCCUGUUUUCUGAGGCAUCUGCCACAGGCGAGGCAUCUCUCCUCAGCGAGGGGCUGCGGGAGGCCCUCAGCUCCUAUAUCCGCCUGACUGAUGACAUCUCCUUGGAUGAUGCCAAAGCCCAAAGCAGAGGCCGAAAGGGAAACCAAGGCUACAGCAUCCAACACCCCAACUCAGCUCAACCUGACUGAGCACCCCCGAGGCAUGGCUGUGCACUGAGGGCAAGGGCUAGGGCACAGAGUUGUAUCCACGGUCCCUACAGGUCAGUUACCUCCUCCCAGUGGCAUGACCCCACCCCCAACUUCUAAUCCCCGAGUUCAGACCAGGUGAGAGCAGGGCCAGGGCUCCAAAAAGAAAGAGCAAAACUCCCCUGGGGUAUGACCCAAUCAGUUCCUGAGUCAUUUUGCAUUUGGUGGUAAGCGUGGCUGGGAGAGCUUGGCCAGGUUCAAAUGAUAAGGCCACAAAAUGAAGUAAUAAAUCUACGAGCUGGGACUGUCAGAGAAGGGACUUGAUGGGGGCACGUGAGGACCUCAAUGUCCCAUCAAGCUCCUCCUCUGAAAAUGACUCCCUCAAGCCUAGCUCACUGCUCUGAAGCCGGUCACAUCUCUAAGUGCUGGGCAGGGGCUGAGAGCCAGACGUGGCACUGGCGUGCAGGAAUCUUGCCAAAGGUCCUAGAGCAUCUGAAGGUGGUAAACCCUCUCUUUCCUUCCAAAAGCCAAGGCUGCAGCCAAGCCAACUCCAGCCCUGGAUGUCCCUGAUCCCCAUAAAGGGAAAGAUCUGGCUGGA